GUUGACGAUGUGAUGGAAUGCAUAAACAUGGGACCCAACGGUGGCCUAAUAUUUUGUAUGGAACAGCUUUGCACGGAGCUUGGUUGGAUCGAUGAUAUGAUUGGGGAUGAUGAGUUGGAUUACAUUCUUUUCGACUGCCCCGGUCAAAUCGAACUCUAUUCUCAUCUCAAUAUCUUCCCACAAAUUAUAGAACACCUCCAACGGAAGUGGGAUUUUCAUAUCGUUAGUGUGUUUAUUCUUGAUGCUCGGUUCCUAGUUGAUGGUUCACAUUUCCUUUCGGGAAUUCUUUCUGCUCUCUCUGCCAUGGUUUGCCUUCGCACGCCACAUGUCAACGUUAUGACUAAGAUGGAUAUGCUCUCUGAAAGCCAACAGAAGCUAGUGUGUGCUCGAUAUCUCGAACCCGACGUCGAAGAUUUGUGCGAAUCCUCUGAGCAAGAAAGUAAAGAAGGCAUCUCAACGGCAUCCAAACGGCCGCGAAAAUUUGCCAAUCUAUCAUCCAUAUUAGCCGACUUAAUCAACCGCUACAGUUUAGUUCGUUUCCAACCUCUAAACAAAGAAGAGGAGGAAACUAUAGAGGAUUUGCUCUUUGUGAUUGAUCAAUGCAUCCAAUAUGGAGAGGAUAAUGAACCCCUGAACCGGAUCUUUGAUGAAGCUGGCAGUGAAUUGGCUAGGGAAAUUCCUUUACCUGACGAAACUGUGGUUACAGCUGUUCUCUACCUACUGGAAUUUUUUGUGAAGCUGACUUCUCAGGUACUUGAAUCACAUGAACACCUGAAAUGGAUGGUUCUACUGAUCGAGACGGUGGCUCAUGCCUUCACUGGAGCUAGCUUCUGGCUGGUUGCCUCCCUUGAAGUACCUGAGCCUAAAUCAUAUCGACUGAUGAUUAUUUCCACUUGCUUGGCUUCUCUUGCUGCUAUUACUGUUGAUAUUGAUCAUUUCAUUGCCGCUGGAAGUUUCUCUAUUAAGGCUGCUCGAUCUCUACCUGGGCGCCCGUUCCUCCACUGGACAGGAGGUCCGGUGUUAUUACUUGUCCUCCUCCUAAUCGGUGACUACAUAGGUCGACAUUUUUGCUCACCUUUGUCUUAUCCACCUCGUCCGGUUCUGGUGGCUGGAUGGGUUAUUAUAUUUGCUUGGGUUUCCCAUCAAAUGCGUGAUGCUCUGCGUCGGGGUUUGUGGUUGUGGCCACCACCCAAACGUCUCCUUUCUCCCCCUGAAUAUUACAGCACACCUCCUCUUCCACUCGUCUCCUAUUCUCUCGCUUUGUUCGUUCUUCUUCUACCCAUUCACUUCAUAUCAGAAGAAAUAUUCUCGUUCUCCGGGCGGGAGAAGCCGAUUAUUAUAUAA